UAUUUUUAAAGCCAUGUUGGCAUCGGACAUUAUCACUCUUGGAGCUGCUAUUUUCGGACUGUUGACAUCUAUUGCAGGCUCAUCAGCUUGCAUUUAUAAUUCUUAUCGAACGAGUAGAAUCAAUUUGUCGAUUCUGAAAGUAAAAGUGCACGACUUGGAAAUUUUGAUUGAAGGACUUCAACAGAAACUGAAUAGUUUUGAUGAGAUUAAGCCCGAUCCUCGUCCAUGGAUCCAUGAAGCUAGAAAAUUUUUAGAUGGAGUGAAUGUCCCGGACUUGGAAAACCGUCUGAACGAUAAUGUUUGCUACCGCUAUGCUGCUGUCAAGUCAAUUGAAGAUAAGCUUCAAGAACUCGAUGUUUUAUUGGAGAAUGUCAAACAAAUCAAUCAACAAAUUAAGAUCAUAGGGUCUAAACAGCCAGAGGUUAGCCUUGUCGGUUCUGCUCGAGAAGACAUACUACAGAAGAUUUGGGAGCUGGUUAAAAUUGUGGAAGCCACUGGAACUGUGUGUAUUCAUGGAAUAGCCGGUGUUGGAAAGUCCGCUCUAGCGGCAGUCAUCCAUAACAAAGUGCUUAAAGAGUUGGCGGGUUUCGAGAGUAUCGUUUGGGUGAAUGUCGAGUAUGGAUUGGGACUCAAACAUGUUCAAGAAGAGCUUGCAAGCAAGUUACAUGUAGACCUUUCGGGAAUUACAGAUAAUGUCGAAAGGUCUAAGGCGCUGCGGAGUGCACUGGUGCAAAUGGGGAGGUUUCUGCUGGUAUUAGAUUCUAUGUGGCAAUCCUUUUCAUUGCACGAUAUUGGAAUCCCAGAACCUGAUGCUGGUUCAAAGCUGAUAGUGAUUUCAAGGAAUUUUUCCGUUUGUAGAAAGAUUACGAGAAAAAUCAAACGCAAAGAAAUAUUCGAAAUAAAACCACUUUGCGAAACUGAGGCUUGGGAGCUGUUUAAGAGUGAAGUAGGGACUAAUAUAAUGCAUUUAGAAAGUGAGACUCUUCGUAUUGCACAAACUGUGAUACACAAUCUCGAUGGCCUUCCAUUGGCGAUCAAAAUGUUAGCCGAAAAUCUCAGUGAAAUUCAUGAUGAUUACUGUAGUCGAAUCGAUGCUGCUUGGCGAGAAGAGUUAUUUGCAUUGAGCCGAUCAUCAUAUAUUCUCGGUAACAAAAGCCAAGAGUUAUAUGAUUGUUUCAAGGGUAGCUAUGAGAAUUUAGGGGAAGUUUCCAUGUCAUGUUUCAUUUCAUGUGCAUUAUUUCCUAAAAGUUAUCUCAUGAAGGCCGAGGAUUUGAUAGACUAUUGGAUGUGGGAAGGGCUACUUGAUGAGCUUUCGUCUCUAGAAGAAAGUACACGGAUGGGAUGGAAAGCUUUGAACGAGCUCAAAGAUGCUCACCUUCUGAAGAGUAUCGAUGAUGAAGGUGAACAAUCGUUACACAUGCUUAACAUAGUUCGACAUGUAGCACUAGAUGCUGCAGCUAAGUUAGGCUAUCAUUUCUUCAUUAAGAGCGGAAACUCCUUAUCCGAGUUUCCCUUAGCCUACAAUUGGCCUUCCAAUACCGAGAGAGCCUCAUUUGUGCAAAAUCAGUUGUGUGCUUUGCAAAACUCUCCCGACUGUAAGAAACUAACUACUUUGCUACUACAAGACAACCCUUUAAACUCAGAUCACCAUGAGAAUUUCUUUUCGAAGAUACGCAAUCUUCGAGUCCUUGACCUAUCCCGUACUAGCAUUUCAACCUUACCAAAGUCUUUUUCGGGCUUAACAAAUCUACACGCGCUUCUGAUGCGUGGCUGCACGACCCUGAAACGCCUACCAUCCUUGUCAAACCUUAAGAAAUUACUUCUGAUUGACCUCUCCAAUACACCCUUAGAACAAGUGCCCGAAGGCUUACAAAACCUCACGAAUUUAAGGCGUCUAAACCUUUCUCAAACUAGAAUCGAAGUUUUCCCAGCUAAAGUAGUCGGUAAACUCACACUAGUCGAAGAAUUGUUGCUGAUAGGAGCAGAAAAUGGCGGUUAUGUAUGGGGGUCCAUCGAGAUUUUUCCUCAAUGGCCAGGUGCUUGUGUCGAAGAGCUAGUCGACUUGAAAAGGUUAGCUGUUCUUCAACUGACCUUCUUGAACCCGAAAGUCUUUAAUAGAUACGUGGAGAAAAUAGAUGAAAAUCAUGCAUUUCAACCACGAAACUUUAAGUUUUUUGUGGGCGGUAUAUACAAUGGUCGUGAUUUAGGUGCUAACAGCAUUGUCGUAAUCGGUGAUUGUGGUAUUUGGCUUCCAAAACGAACGUAUGAGCUGCACUUGAUGAUGUGCAGCCAGGAAAUAUUUUCUCUGAAGUUUGAUGGGUGCUUAAGGGACUUGACUAUUGUAGAUGUCUCAAAUUUUGAUGCACUUACUUAUCUGUUUACAUUGGAGAUGCUGUGUAGCCUUAAAAGCCUUAAGAAGAUAUGCGUUAAACGAUGCGAGAAGAUGAAAUCUAUAUUACAGCCCGCUGCAGAAGCCAACCCGAGUUCUAUAACUAUUCCCGAGUUGAGAUCAUUCGUAUUGUAUGAUUUACCGAAUUUGGAAAGUAUAUGUCAUGGGGAAGUGCUGAACUGUCCAUCUUUGCUUGGAUUCGACGUGUGGAAUUGUAGAAGUCUUAAGCUUCCUAAGGUGUUAUUAGGACGGAACAUCGGUAUUCUUGAGAUCAAAGGAGAUAAAGAAUGGCUUGAGAAAGUAAAAGAGGAUAGUUCGAGUUCAAAUUCUACGUUAAAAUACAAUGAAACAUCCGCACCAGCAGAACUUUCGACUCCCAGUUUUAGGUUAAGAAGGACAGAGUCCUUUGUCAGGGAAGCUCAUCAACCUAGUCUCAAAAGUUUUGGAUUGCCUUCAGUUCCACUCUUACUACCAAUUAAUCGUUCAGAUCUGACUGGCGGAGCAAACUCAACCAGUAGAACAUGGAACAGAUUUAUGUUCAUGUUUAAGGGUGGUCAGGCCAUUUCACAGUCUGCAGACAGUCUGAGUAUGGCUAACAGAAAUAGCGAUGCAAAAUCGGAAGAUGCUACCAUCCCACAAGCCGGAGAUGAUGUCCUGAAUGCAGAGAAGCAGCAGAGUUCAGUCUGA